AAGCUAUUUAAUAGUUCAUAAUUUUCAGGUUAUCUGUACAUCAAAGCAAUCACACAAUUUGUGAUUAUCCAAAAAGGAUGUGAUCAUAAAUGUUUCAAUUAUCAAGGAAUUAAUGAUUUUCAUAAAGGAUGAUGUUGAAGUACACAUUUAUGAUACGAUUAUAUUCUUUGGAAUAAUACAGAUAUAUUUGCAUUAGCAAACACAAAAUGGCGCUUGUCAAUAUCGAAGGAAUCGAUCCUUGGCUUACGGAAUAUGACGCAUGUGAGAAACUGUUCCGUGAAAUUAUGGAACAGCUCACUAUGCGUGAUGGAGAACCAAAGACAUCAAAAAUUUAUGCCAGUUUGUCAGCCAAUAUAAGAUUGCGUAUGAAGCAAUAUACACGGGAAGUUCAGCAAUUAAAAUGCAAAGUGGAAGAAGCUUCUAAAUUAAAAACAAUAACAUUUGAGGAAGCUGAACGUCGGACGAGGCAAGUGGAACAGUUGCAAAGCAAAGACAUUCAAUUACAAAAAUUAUAUGAGCCACGUACAAAUGAUUAUAUGUCGUCGCGCACUAGCUUAUUAAGGGCAGGUUCAUCAGCUUUCGCUGAUGGAGGCACAACUUCUUGGGCUGCUGACGAUGAUGAUGACAAGCCAUUAAAUAUUCAAGUAUCUGUUAAUGAUCUUAUGAGUCAUCAAGAACGAGUAUUGAUAGAACAAGAUAAAGGCUUAGAGGAGUUAUGUAAAGUGAUAGCUCGCCAAAAAGAAAUUGGACAAACAAUUAGUAAUGAAGUGGAUCACCAAAAUGAAAUAAUUGAUGAUCUGGCUGAUCAUAUGGAUAGGACUGAUGAAUCUUUGAUUAACAAGACUCAACAGGUUCGUAAUAUUAAUUCCAAAGAUCGUACAUGUGGUUAUUGGAUAGUGAUACUUAUACUUUUUAUUGCUAUUAUUAUUGUUUCUUUCGUAUAGUGGAUAUUGAAUAUAUUACAUUAAUCCUAUUAUGAAUUAUUACAACAUCUAAAUUACAUCAGAUAUUUACAAAUAAAAUAAAUAAGAAUAUAAUAUCUAUUAAUGAUAAGAUAUUAACUUUUUAUCUAUUUAUUAAGAUUGUUUAAUGAUGAUUUAUGAAAUUAAUAUUGUAUAAAUAAUAAUAAGAUGUACAUAAAUGUGAAAUAAUAUUUACCAUUUGUUAAUACUGAAUAUUUAUUUGAUAUGUAUCAUUUAGCGUCUGUUUUUAUAUAUUGAGAUACUUUUAAUUAUUAUAUAUUAUAUAAAGUUUUACCACAUUAAAAUGUAUUCAAUUAGCACUAAGAAUAAAAUUAAUUAUCUGUAAGAGAGCAAGUAUUUCUACAAUCUUAAAGAUAAGCAAGGACGACUUGUGAGAUGUUGGAAAUGGGAAAUAAAAGGGUUGACAUAAUCAGACUUGUUAAAUAUUUUUCAUUUUUCUUUUUUUUUGUCUCUUUUUAUAUCAUAAAUAUCUAUCCUGAAUCUGAUUAUAUGCGAAUUUUCUCGGCGCCAUAGGGAUACAAAGAAAAAGAUCGCUAUUGUUUCUGCGCUUAAUUCAUUUAAAUAAAACAUACCAAAGAAGUCUAGACUGCUUUUGCCAGAUACAUGCGCUUUCUUAGUUUCGCCAGCAUUUGUAAUGGAUGUCUUGAACGUGUGUUGUUUAAUACGUUCUGCUGGAACAAUUGACUGAUGAAAGGAAUGCCUGGACUCUUUCUUUUUACAACCCGACGCAAAUUAUUUGGAUUACUAUUGUUGUCUGUAGGAGACAUGCUAUCAGAUUGAAAUACAUAUGUACAAUUGGCGCAAUAGUUUUUCAGCGGAUAUAUCGCAUAAAUUUACAAUAUCGUCCGAUUUCCUUUGUUUCGCAAACUGGAUUUAUUUUUAGUAUAGCUGCUAAUCGCCGAGAGCAUGUCGCUUUUUCAUAACAUACAGUGAGAUCUCGUUACAACGCCCCGCGUCGAAUCUCUGAGUUAAUAUUGUUGUACUGCAAAUUUUCUUACAUCGAAAUGCUCGCAUAUUGGAACAUCUUGCCAUUGAGUUCAAUAAAAUCUCUGUUCUGCCUAUAUCUCUGGUUACAACAGAAUUUCGUUGCGCUAGCUAGCUAUUACUAGAAUUGAUUUUUUUCUUCAACACAGAAAUCGCUACAAAUGUCACAUCAAUUAUCCAGAUUUUCGUACUGAAAAUGACUUCUUGAUCAUGUAAUAACAGUUCUACAGAUACCUGUCUACAUUAACAGCCGAUCAAACAUUUAUGCAACAGGGGAUCAUUUCCCUAAAUAUUAAUCAAAGUUAACUGAUAUUCAAACCAAUGCUCUGCCUCUUUUCGAAGACAGAGGAAAAGAGAGAAAGAGCGAAAGAGACAGCCAAUUAGAUCUCAGUUAACUUUAAUUAACUUUUGGCGAUAGCUGCUUACACGACAGCGCAAAGCAAACACAAUUAAAAAUUUUUUUUCCCAAAAGCAUCAGUCGAAAACAUUCAGAAUUUCACGGCGAGGAACUACGGACAUCUCUUCCGUUUACAGGUAGCUGCGUAAAUGUAGAAUAGAUUGCACAUCAAUAACGUAGCAUACACAGUGUUAAUUGUAUGGUUCCGUAGCGAGACCAAAGUGGCUUGUGCGAUGACUCCCUUAGUUAAGAUCAACAUCUCUUACCUCAAACGAAUUCUGAUAUCCUACUCUCCCUCUUUCUCUUUCUGAUAAUAUAUAUAUAUCUGUAUAUAUAUUAGAAUAUUUUUUUUCAUUAUGUCAAAUGGGUCCCGUUAGCCGCUAAUCGCUUCACAUUUAUCGCCACUGGCCCGAGUUAAAUGCGUCGAUUCGUGUUCUCAAUAACGUGCUCAUUAACGAGGACGACGACGACGACGACGACGACAACUUUAUCUAGCUAAACAUCGAAGAACAUCGAACUGUUUAUGCGUGUUCAAAUCCCUGCAGUCAGUCUGAAUCUAAUUGACAAUUGUGUACACCAAAGGUAUGUGUCUCCUUGUGCUGCUUGCUUGAGUUUUUGUCUCUCUUCUUCUCUUCAAAUCUCUCUCUUUUUUUUACAUUCAGUUCGCUAAUAUCGACUACGUAUGUAUGCGCAGGUACAUAUUAUAACAGUACCGAGCGUACGAUUUUUAGCGUGAACUCUCGCUAACUCUCAUUUAUGAAUUUUUAUAUACACAGACUACAUGUA